CAGAAUACGCCACUUCCGGUCUUGUGUCCGCAGGCGACCGAGCGCUGAACUGAGGAAAGCUACUGUUGUCGCCGAGAGAAUCCGGACCCGGCUGCACGCGCGUGGCCAUGUGGAGGCUACUGACGCGCGCGCCCGCGUCGCUCCGGCGAAUGCACUUUCCAGAUUCUUGGGCAGCCCUUCCCACCUGUGCUGGUCUGAAGACGCUCCUCCCAGUUCCAACUUUUGAAAAUGUCUCCAUCCCUGAAAGAUCCAAACUUAAAUUUGUUGAAAGAGUCCCACUUGUGCCAAAAGUAAGGAGAGAACCUAAAAAUCUGAAGGACAUACGAGGGCCUUCAGCUGAAGCCACUGACUUCACAGAAGGCAAUUUUGCAAUUUUGGCACUUGGAGGUGGUUAUCUUCACUGGGGCCAUUUUGAAAUGAUGCGCUUGACAAUCAACCGAUUUAUGGAUCCCAAGAACAUGUUUGCCAUAUGGCGAGUGCCAGCCCCUUUCAAGCCCAUCACUCGCAAAGGUGUUGGGCAGCGCAUGGGGGGAGGUAAAGGUGCCAUUGAUCACUAUGUGACACCUGUGAAGACUGGAUGCCUCAUAGUAGAGAUGGGUGGACGCUGUGAAUUUGAAGAGGUAAAGCGUGUCCUGAACCAGGUUGCCCACAAGUUGCCCUUUCCAGCAAAGGCCGUGAGCCGUAAGACUCUAGAAAAGAUGCACCAAAAUCAAAAAGAAAGAGAACUUAAUAACCAGAAUCCCUGGACCUUUGAGCGCAUAGCCACUGCGAACAUGUUUGGCAUACGGAAAUUCCUGAGCCCAUAUGACCUGACUCAGAAAGGGCGAUAUUGGGGCAAAUUCUACAUGCCCAAGCGCGUGUAGUGAAAACACAGGAACGUGACUCAGACUCAUUGAGAAUCCGCACCCUUACUUCCUUAGGGUCUUUGGUGGUUCUUGGAUCUUAACUAAGCACAUGAGUGAGUGACUUCUGAAACACUGUGUCGCCUGAUUGGCUCUAAUUAAAGUUCGAGUGUAAUCUCAGGGUACAACUUCUCUUUGGUCAGUGUCAGUUGCUUAAAGGAUUAAGGACAGUUCGACAUAGCCAGCUGUCCCAGCACUCAGGAGGCAGAGACGGGUGGGUCUCAUUUGAGUUCAAGGCCACUCACAUCUACAAGCAAGACCCUGUCUCCACAAAGAAAAAAAAAAGGAACCUGGCAUACCUCCAGAGCUGAGCUGAAAUUAGUCUUUGCAUGUCACAGCUCUGGAAAUAUAAAUGUGUACACUACGUAGUCUAUGAUAUUUUGCUCAUUACAAAUGCAUUUUUUGGAUAAUAAGGAUAAAAACGACAAUACCUAGACUAGUAGGUUCAACAGAUAUUUUUUAAUGCCCAGCUGCCCAUCUUCUGUCAGUCACAGAAGGGGAAACAUGGAGUAUGACAAGCAAUAUACCAUUUAGCAAAAGAACUGAUAACAAAAGUUGAACCCCUUUUGGAGCUUCCUAGAUCUGAAACUAUGUAAGGAGAGGCAUUUGGCUCCUCUGUCCCUUUCGGAGCUAAUGUAUAUGGAACACACACAUUAUUGCUGGAUAAAAGAGGGUCCCAUGUGAUCCAAAACUUCAUGGUGCCAGCUUCAUUUGUCCAUAACAAGAUUGAUCAGUUUUUCUGAGGGAACCAGCAUUCCUUAUUCAAACUCAGGGAAAUAGGAAUGGAUAGAAGUAUAAACCGCUUGCUUUUGAAGGUGAGUAGAAAACUGCAUACUGGUAAAACAUUGCUUUUUAAAAAACAAGAUCCAGCAAAGAACAGAAGCAUUUCACUUACUUUCAAAAGUUAGACCCAGUUUUUCAUUUAUUUUUAAUGAAUGUAAGAUAUAAUAGUCUCUAAGUAAAUUAUUUUUUAAAGUGAAGCACGAUGACACCUAGAAUUAGGAACGUGUUUAGACCAGUUUCUUACAUGCCACUGACCUGCAGCUUCUGCUAACACAGACCUGGUAAGGACUGAAGCAGCAGCUUUAUCCCCUGGCUUCUGUUACUCUGGAUAACACAGUGUGCUGGUUUGGAAGCUGAGUUACAGUAUAAACUUCUUUUGUUGGAAGGAUGAAUUUGCAUUCAGAACCUCCAUCCUGAGACCAACCAUCAUCUGACAAAUGAGAGGCUACUGAUGGAAAUUUAUACCACCAAUAGAAACCCAACCUCUACUUAACCACCAUCCCUCAAAACAAAACCUUUGAAGUGUAUGGAAUGGUAAUAGGGGUGUUGCCGUAUUUUUCCAUACACCUCUGAUUAAUAAUAAAGCAUAAUACUGAUGAUACUUUAAAGAGUUUAAAAGCCAAGCCCAAGUGCUCAUCCAUGAAUGAAAUCAAAGCUUGACUACAAGCAAGCAGAUAUCUGAAAGUGGCAGGCACUGUAUGUGCUAAGCAGUAGGGACAUGGUAGUGUUUGAGACAGGCAUAGUAUCUAUCCUUAAACAAUCUGUAAAGUAAAAACUAUUUUUGGACCCUAAAGAAGGAAGCAGACAUCUGGUGGGUUAAGAGUGCGCCCUAGAAGGGCCGUUAAGAAUCAAAGGGAGUACCAUGAUCUGAGAGACUGCCUCAGAUUUCAGUUAACACCCUGUGCAGUUGAGCCUGUUGUAAUACCUGCCUCUUCACCAGCACCCUGGCCUUCAGGCUCCGAGUCUACACAGAGGGACCCUAAACAGGGACCCAUUAUGCCUCUCUAGCAUGCAGGUCUGCCCUUUAAGGGCCAUCUAAACCCACUGGAUAUUGCUGUGCUCCCUGUUCCUUCAUCCCUGCCUUUCAAUUCCAUAUUUUCAUUAAUUUGUUCACCCUUUCUGUAACAUUUAAUAAACAGUUGAUUGGU